AUUUAAAAAUGGAAGAACAGACUGUCAUAAAAGAAGGAUUAAUCCGUAAAUACAUAAAUAUCGUUAAAGGUUAUAAGAAGAGAUACUUCGUCUUGUAUAGUGAUAUGUUGGUAUACUACCGCUCUAUGGAGAAAACUGACGAAGAUCCAAAGAAGAUUCACCUUAAAUGAGCUAGUAUAAUUCCUAAUAAAAACGAAGCUAUUACGAUUGAUACUGGCACUCAUACCUUUAAGCUCAAAUUUGAGAAUAUUUCUGAUAAAAUAGCAUGGCUUAAUGCUCUAAAGGCUACUCAAAAGCAUUAUGAGGAUAUUGACCCGACACCUAGAGGAAGUUUCCCUAAAGAAUCGAAGAACAGUGACACCAGUGUUCCCGAUUUCUCACAGAAUGAUUUGAUGCGAUCAAAUACAUUCGACCGUUCUGAUUCUCAACAAAUGCCCGCACACUCAGUUGAGAAGAGAGUUGUAGCUGAGAGUAUCAGAUCUGUGUUAAAAUCCAAGAGCGAUGUGGUUAAAAUAUCCGAAUCAAAAAUGCUACGAAAAUCAGUGUUGAACUAUCAUAAAGGAUUAGGCAACCUCGAAAUGUGUGAAAAGUUGGAUAAAACCCUGAUCAAAAAUAUGCAUGAUGUCUAUCAGUCCUUUGCGACUAUGGAUCAAAACUUGUACCACAUCAAGACCAGAGCUGAGGAGGAGAAAGACCAGAAAUUGAAGACGCACUCAGAUAAUAUUGAAAAAGAGCAGCAAAAUAUUAAGAAUAUUAUGACUGCUAGUUUUCAGAAAAUGAAAGAUUUCUUAGAGGCUUUCAAAACUGUUCAGGAGUCAUCUAGUUCUAAGGAAGACUGUAAUACAUUUCAAAAUUCUGAGGUGAAGGAAGAAAACCAAGUGUCUGAUGAGGGAAGAGGCAGCCAUAUUAACCCAGAUGCUGAUCAGAGUGAGCAGGUUGACCAAGCUGAUCAAAAGGUAGCCGACGAUGAUGAUAGCGAUAAUGACACCAUUUUUUAUGAUGCUUAUGAUGCAAUGAUACUUAGUGAACUUGAGCAAGAAGUUGAGAGAGGUCCAAAGAUUGAUCAAACUGAGGAAGAGAAAGUUGAAGAGGAGAGACUGACAUUACCUGCACUUAAAAGUGAGGGUAAAUUUAGUCUGCUAAAAGUUCUUAAAGAUGCUGUAGGAAGAGAUCUUACCAAAUUUUGAGUUCCUGUUUAUUUCAAUGAGCCAUUAUCAAUGCUACAAAAGACUGCUGAGCUGAUGUGCCAUGACCAUUUAAUGAAAAAGGCAUAUGAGACACAAGACCCUAUGUUAAGAUUAAGUUAUGUUUCAGCAAUUGUCAUCUCUCAUUAUUCAUUAACUACCAAUAGGGUUACAAAGCCGUUCAAUCCGAUUUUGGGAGAAACUUUUGAAAUGAUGGGUAAUGGAUGGAGAUUAUUAGCUGAGCAGGUUAGCCAUCAUCCUCCUGUUAGUGCAUUAGUAGUACAAGCUGAAAAAUAUGAGAUUAGGAUGAAUACUUCAAUGUCACAACAAUUUUGGGGGAAGUCAAUGGAAUUCAAACCUCAGGGGAGGAUGCAUUUCAUUUUCCACGACACUGGUGAUCAUUUUAUUGUUCAGAGGCCAAACACUUCGGUGAGGAAUAUUAUUUUUGGAACCAUGUAUAUUGACCAUCAUGGAAAAAUGUUGGUGACAAAUGUCAAAACUAAUGAUUAUGCUGAAUUUGAGUUUCAUAAAUCAGGCAAAAGUCUCUUUGGCAAAGGAAAGAAAACAGGAACUGUUGACGGUAAGGGAUUUGAUUCCAAUGGAAUCUGUCACUAUCUCUAUAAAGGCCUUUGGAAUGAAAACUUUUCAUUUUGACCAUUCAAUCCCGAUGUAAAGGAUUUCGAUCAUGAAAAUUCGGCUCUUCUCUGGGAAAUUGAGCCAAAGAGAGAAGACUGGGAGAGAAUAUAUUAUUUCUCGAAAUUUGCAUUACAAUUGAAUAAUUUAACACCAGAGUUGAAGAAGAAAAUAGCUCCUACAGAUUGCAGGUUCAGACCAGACCAGAGAGCAUUAGAGAAUGGUGAUUUAACCGUAGCAAACUCUGAGAAACACCGCUUAGAGGAAAAGCAAAGAGAUAGUCGCAAAAAGAGGACCGAGGAAGGAAUCGAGUGGGUCCCCAACUAUUUCGAAAAAUACCAUGACGAGUACACAGAUCUUGACGAAUACAGGUACUGAAAUGACUAUUGGAAGGAUAGAGAAGAGUCCAACUGGAGUCAUCUCCCAGAUCUUUACAGUGAGGAGUAGAUCACUUCUUAGUCGUAAAAUAGACAAUAUUUUA